AUGCGUAUCCUGCUACUCAACCCCAACUGCAGUAGCCAGAUGACAGAUGGCAUGCUCGCUGCUGCAAAGUCACUGCCCAUUUCUGAGAGCAUAGAUAUACAGCCUUACACUGCCACAGAAAUGGCACCUGCCAGCAUCAACGACGACGACGGCAUUCAGAGCAGCACAGCCUGUGUGCUUUACGACUUGUCGGUUUCUACCAAAGGCUUUUUAGAGACUUUUGAUGCUGUAUUAGUGGCAUGCUACAGCGUUCAUAGUCUGGUCCCCCAGCUGCAAAAGCAAUACGAUUUGUCUGUCCUGGGAAUCUUUGAAGCCAGUGUCCUUACGGCCCUCUCCAUCACCAAAGAGAGUGAGCAAUGGGGCAUUGUCACUACGGGGCACUUUUGGGAGCAGCACCUGUCUGAUGGAGUCAAGGCCUUCCUUGGACAAGGCUCAGCAGAACAGAAUAACCGCUUUGCUGGUGUCUUUUCUAGUGGCCUCACUGCAGGCGACUUUCAUACCGUGUCGCCCGAGCAGGUAAAAGAAAAGCUUCGCGACGCUACUCUCCGGCUUCUCAAGUCUGGCAAGGUGUCCUGCGUUGUAAUGGGCUGUGGUGGAAUGGCCGGCCUUGAAGAUAUUAUCCGAGGAGCUGCAGAAGAGCUGAAUGGGCCCGAGGCGGCCAAAGCUCUAUACAUUAUCGAUGGCGUUCAAGCGGGCAUUCUUCAGCUUCACCAGAUUAUCCAGAGCAAGCGUGCAUUUGUAUGA